AAGCAUAACUUAUUAAAGACCUCACACCCUCUCAACUCACCAAUAGACUUCCCCUCUCUCUAACCAACAUCACAACCUCAUCCUCUCUUAGUUACAACAACUUAAGUUCCAACAAAUUCUGAAUUUGUUUCAACUUAAUCAGUGAUCAAGUUUGAGUAUUGAGUAUGUAAUUAUAAUGAAUACUCACAAGGAGAACUUUGUCACCUAUAGUAGUCUUAUCGACUCAAACAAUAUUGUUUCUAAUAGAAAAUGCCUAUAGUAUAAACCAAACAAAGCUUCCAACAAACUUCCACCUAGAAUAGUAAUCAGAAGAAACAAAGCCACCACCCUAGCAAAAAGUACACUAAACUAAAGCACUCUACUUUCUUCAACACCACUCCUCUCUUGCUUAUUCAAGAUGAAAGGGAAAGCAUUGGGUGUCGUUAAAUCCAAGCUUCUCAGGCCAUGCAAAAGACUACUAUGGUUCUUCAGAUUCAAACCCAAGAAGCCUGUCUUUAUAAGAGCUCUCAAAUUCCGUGCUCACAAGUCUACAUUCCCAAAGGCCUUCCCAACAAAGCCAAAAAUGUCUUCUUUGUUGCAAUCACUGUUUCGUUCUCCAAAGAAAUCUAAACAUGCAAGCAUAUUGGAAGGACUCAAGAGUCCCUCCAACGUCCAUGAAACUCCACUCUUUCCAUCACCACUUACCCCGGCUUGUGUAAGGGCUCAUGAGGCAGAGAAGAGCCAUGAAGCUUCGAGGCAAGAGGUGGACGAUGCAUGCAGGAGUUUUGAGAACUAUUUGGUGGAGAUGAUUGUGGAAGAAGGGAAGACCAGAGACUUGAUGGACGUGGAGGAGCUUCUAUAUUGCUGGAGGAAUCUUAAGUGUCCUGUCUUCAUUGAUUUAGUUAGUAGAUUUUAUGGAGAGCUAUGUAAGGACUUGUUUUCUCCAGAUGCUGAUGAAGGUGACUGUUCCAAGUGAAGGCCUAUGGAGCGAGUGUGAGAGUAAAUAGAGUUGAUUUUUUCUAACUAUAAUUUUCGGUUGAGUAUUCCUAUAAAAUUGGAUGUGUGCAAUCCAUGUAUGCAGUUUACGUGAAACAUUUUAUGAAAUGACCCAUCUUGAAUUAUUCAUCCUUAGUUUUGAAGAAAUAACAGAUUGUCCAACAGUCUAAACAAUUAUGGAUAUAACUGUGGCCUUUUAUAUAGAUCCGUCUCCUGCUUUGGUUUGAAAACUGAAUUCAGAUUU